AUGGCGAUACCUGUCGAAGAAUGGUAUUAUGACGUCCCAAUAGUUACAAGAACAUACGUGACUGCUGCUGUAUUAACGAGUUUAGCCGUGCUUUUAUCACCAUUAUCCAAUGUUCCAUUUCUUGGUGCACCAUUUUUACCAUGGGUGUUACUUGGAUUUUCCUUGUUAUUAAAUAAUCAUUUUCCAAUGAGUGAUAUGAUGGGCAUUGCUGUUGGUCAUAUUUAUUAUUUCUUUGAAGAUGUUUGGCCAUUGGAAAGAAAUAGUGGUGGUAGACGUUGUGUAAGAUUAUUUGAUAGAAUUCAAGAGAACCCAGUUGCACAACAGGAGGAAAACAAUAUUGUUUUUGCUGAUAAUGAGUUUAAUCGUGACGAUCCUAACACUAUAGAAAAUCAACCUGGGAUAAUAGAAGAUGAAAUAGCUCCUGAUAAUAAUUAG